AUGCAAAAGCAUCCAAUUUUACCAAUCAAUACACCUAGAGAUGCCACUUGUCCUAUUCAAUAUUAAUCUACAUUCAGAAAAUAAAAUGAAGCAGCUACUCCAACUUUAAAUACAAUGAACAAGAAAACUGAAAUUCCAAGAGCACCAUCAGCAAUGAAUAAUAAAUUAUAUGCAGAGCAGACUAUGAUGAGAACUAAAUAAUAUUAAUCUGAUUAAUAGUAUUUAAACUCAAUUAAAGGAAGCCUUUCUAAUUGUAACAGCAAUAAAUCUAGGGGCUCUAAAAACUCCACAGGUUUUGAGUAAGUUGCAAACAUAUUCAAUGAAACUGCAUAGUAGAAUCAAUCAUCCAACAUACGUAUCUCGCAUUUUCAUACAAAUACAGCUCCAGUUAAUUUAUAUGAAUAGAAAUUCAAUGACGAAAUGUUCCUUCUUAAAGAUCAAGACACAGGAACUGUCUAUGAUAUUAGAUAAGUCGAUAAGAUUCAGGUUAAUAAAGAAUAUAUGGCCAAAUUGAAAAAAAGACAUAAAUCAGCAUGGCAAGGUUGGUGGUAAUAAAAAAGGGAAAACAAUCACUUUCUAAUACUCAAUGUCAAACAGAACAACAUCAAGGAAAUAGAAAAAUUAUUAGAGAUUCCUACUAAAGACUUGAAACCAGAAAUCAAUAUUAAAGAUGACAAUGGAUUUGCUUCAAUUCAUUACAGUUGUCUAAACUAAAACUAUGACUUAUCACUCUUACUACUAAAAAAUGAAGCAGAUUGUGAUUCAAUCAAUGCUCAAGGAUAAACGCCGUUAAUCAUUUGUGCUUAAAAUGGAUGUGAUUCUAUUGCUACUCUAUUAUUAACUAUAGGAUCUGAUAUCAAUCAUAUAGAUAAUCAUCAAAAUACAGCAUUACAUUACGCUUGUUUAUUUUGUAUCAAUAAACAUAUUAGAAUAGCAGAAAUACUUUUGGCAAGACCAUCUUUGCAGCUAAAUUAAAAGAAUUUGGAUAAUAAAUCUCCUGUUGAAUUAAUAUAAAAUAAUUCUACUCUAAAAAAUCUUAUUGAAAAACAUUAUAGGGUAUUUGUUGGUUUAAAUUUUUUUAAGAUGAAAAAGGAAUCAUUCAACCAAUGUCAUAAGGUUUAAAUCUAUGAUGAUUCCAAAGAUUAAUAGAAAGUCAAUUCCCCAACUAGUAAAUAAUAAUAUUACCUAACAAAUCAGUAUCAACAAACUUCAAAAUGUUAUUCGCCAUAUCAGACUGAUAACUAAUUUUCUACAUCCAAUCGUUCAACACUUAAUCAAGUUGUAAUUGAUGAAAUGAUAGGUCCCUUGAAUAUAAGAAUUAUAUUACAAAUAGGUAAAGGUUCGUUUGGAGAUGUAUAUUUAGUUGAGAAAAGGAAUUAAAGUAAAACUGCAUAAGGAUAAAAGUAUGCAAUGAAAGUUUUACCAAAAAGUAAAUUUUUAGGUCAUAAUUUAAUAAGAUAUGCUAUGGCUGAAAGGAAUAUCCUAUCUUAUUUAAAUCAUCCAUACAUUGUUAAAUUAAGAUUUGCUUUUUAAACUAAUACUCAUUUGUGUUUAUUGAUGGAUUUCUGUCCAGGUGGAGAUUUAUCUAAAAUUAUUUAAAAUUAAAAAAGAAUUCCAGAAUAAGCAGCUAAAUUGUAUAUUGCAGAAAUACUGACAGCUUUAGAACACCUUCAUAAAAAUGAUAUAAUAUAUAGAGAUUUAAAACCGGAAAAUAUAGUUAUUGAUACACAAGGUCAUGCUAUGUUAACUGAUUUUGGAUUAUCAAAAGAAGGAGUUAGAGAUAAUUAUGGAGCUAAAAGUUUCUGUGGAUCCAUGGCUUAUUUGGCUCCAGAAAUGUUGAAACGAGUAGGACAUGGGCGAGCUGUUGAUUGGUAUCAUCUAGGUAUUCUACUCUACGAAAUGAUUAGUGGGAAACCUCCAUAUUUUUCACCAAAUAGAGAUGAAAUGUUGAAUAAUAUUGAAUGCAAUAAGAUCACAUUUCCAGACAAUAUUUCAAAAGAAUGCAAAUCAAUAAUUUAAUCGCUUUUAGAGAAAAACCCUAUGAUUAGGUUGGGUGCUUCAUCGAGAGAUGCUGAUGAAAUAAAAGAUCAUCCUUUUUUUAGGUAAAUUAAUUGGGAUGAUCUAUUACAAAAAAAAUAUAAACCUCCUUAACCAAUUAUUAAUUAGGAGAUUUUAAAUUAAAAAUUUGACAUCCCUUUUGACUUUAUAUUAUCAGCUGACAAGUCUAGUUCUAUUAAUUAUAUUAAUGGAUGGUCAUUUAUUAAUAAUGAUUUUAGCUAAAUUUGA